AUGCUUGCGUGGAGUUACGUGGAGGUUUUAAAAGCUCUGGCAUUAAUUCGACUUGGUCGUCAGGAGGAAAGUUUAGCUACUUUGUCUGAAGUUCACCAGGAGGGACCAAUGGAUGAUGCCACAUUACAAGCAAUGACAAUAUGUUAUAGAGAAUUACAUAAGCCGGAAUUAAUUGCUGAUGCAUAUGAAACAGCUGUAAAAAAAGAUCCACAUAAUGAAGAAUUGUUAUCUCAUUUGUUUAUGGCUUAUGUACGUUUAGAAGACUAUCAAAAACAAAAGCAAACAGCUAUGACACUGUACAGGUUGAAACCAAAAAAUCCAUAUUAUUUUUGGGCAGUUAUGAGUAUUGUAAUGCAAGCGAAAGAUAGUGAUGAGAAAUUGGCCAAGAGUACAUUGUUGCCCCUUGCAGAGCGAAUGACUGAUAAAUUCAUUCAAGAAGAUAAAAUUGAAGCUGAAGCUGAGGUGCAGUUGUAUUUGAUGAUUUUAGAAGACCAAGAAAAAUACAAAGAAGCAUUGGAAGUUCUGGAAGGACCUUUAAAGGGUAAGUUUUGCUUAUUUUUUAUUUCCAAUAUUUCCACGCAUGUACCUCUGUCUCAGUCUUUAAAGUUAAUACAGUUGCCUUUUAACAAUUUUGAACCACCAGUUGACUAUACCUUUGAUAAAGUUAUAGAAUUUAUUUCUUCAUUGGUAAAGAAAGAAGAUGAGAAGCCAAAUACUUCCAGAUUACUUAGAGGUCCUUACCUUGCUCAAAUGGAAUUGCUAUGGAUGCUUUUAGAAAGGAAAAAUGAAUUGUCCAACAACAUUGGCACUCCAUUUGAUCUGUUAAUGAAAUAUUUUGAAAAAUUUGGAAAUAAACCUGGUUGUUUUUUAGACAUAGUUCAUGUAAUUGAAUCACAUUCUAUGUCUGAUCAACAAAUAGAUGAACUUUUGGAGAAGAUUAGAAUAUCAUUAGAAGUUAAUGAAGAUGGAAAACUUAUCCUGCCAAGUGAUUCUCGGCAAAUGCAACGACAUUUAUGUUAUAUUCAGUUAAAACAUUGGCUUGGAGGACACGAUCAGUUUCUCCCUCAUCAGAGAUUACAUUUAGCCAAAGAUCUUUUAGAAAGAUAUUACCAUGGUCUUCAGUUUGGAAAAAGUUUAUUAUCUACAGAAUUUCAACUGAGUGAUAAUUAUUGCCUUCUAGCAGCUCAAUUAUUACUUGAACUAUGGGAAAAAACAAAUGAUGAAAGAUUAUUGAUUCAUAUUCUUUUAGGAUUGGAAAUGGCACUUAAAAGUAGUCCUUCCAAUUUUCAACUAAAACUUUUGCUCAUCAAAUUUUAUAAUAUAAUUGGUGCAGCAGGAGAAAGUGAAUCUCUCUGCGAAUCUUUAGAUAUGAAACACAUUCAACAUGAAACUUUAGGGUAUUUGAUUACUCAACCUCUACUGACUGCAGCACAUUUUACACAGUCUAGCAAUAUAUUAGGAAACACACUGAGGUUUUUUGCAGGCAAUCAUAAAGAUACCAUUGAUUAUUUGAUAUCAUGUUAUAAAUUUGGAUCUUUUACAAAGAUACCUGAAAUUGUAAGUUUCAGAGAAAGGUUAAAUAACUCAAUACAUUAUGCUAAUGUUGCUGUUGAACGAAUGAUUUUAGAUUUCAUUCUAGAAACAAAAUGCCAUAAAGAUACAGAAAAAGUAAUAACUUAUAUGGAAAUUGAUCCAGAGAAAGAUAAGACAGCGUGGGAAAAACUUACUGAUAAUCGUGAUAUGAAUGUCUUUAGAUCAUGGUCAAGAAGUCAUAAAAAAAUAGUUCAAGAAUUGAGAGAAAAAUCUUUUAAUGAAGAGAUCAACUGGCUAAAAAUAAGAAACUUAAUUGUUAGAAUGAUGGCUGCUGCUUUCUACCUCACCAAAUCAUUGUCAUCUAAUCAUAAUGAUUUAACUAAUGGGGAAAAAAGGGGGAUGUCAGAUAUAUUACAGGAACUUUUAACUUCUCUCAGGGAACACAUAUCUAAUAUUAAUGUUCAAAAGCUAAUAAAUUCACAUUUUCCUCUUCAGUCUCCAGGUCCUUCUAGACUUCCUAGAUACUUACAAGGUGGUCAUGCCAGUGUAAUAUUAAUCAUGGCUGAAAUCACAUUAUAUUUGCAUACACUUAUUGAUGGAUCAAAUUCUGGACAGAUAAAUGAGAAGUUUGAAAUACAAAUGAAAACUGGAAUUGCUGAGAAUUUUCAAAAAAUGAUCCAAAGGAUAAAAGAUAUCAGUGCAAAUGAAGAUGGAGAAUUUAUACAGCUGAGCCAAUCAAAAUAUAUUCUUGAAGAAUUAGUUAAUUUUGUAGAAACACUAUCUUUAUGUAUAGUGCUUGUUGACAUUAGCCACACUAUUUUAAAACCUUCAAAAUCUGCACUGAUGAAAAAAGGCAAGAAGAAGAAAGAAAAUAUUAUAAUUGGACCAGAAACCUUUCAGCAUUUCAGUGAAAUUAUCAAUAACAUUGAACAAGCAAUUGUACAGUAUCAAGAAAUUCUAAAAAAUCUGGAUUCUUCACUAUUAGUUUCUCAGUUAAAAUCUUUAUCAUUAACGGAGUCAGAAUUAAGUAUUGAAGACAGUCAAGAAAUAGCUCAAGGUGUAAAAGACAAAAUUGAAAAAAGUUAUAAAGUGUCUUUGAAAGAACUUGAAGAUGUAGUACAAAAUAAAUUGAAAUAUAUUCAGUCAUUGAAGUGGUGACAGCAGAUUUUACCUACAAGUGCAUGUGUGCCUCCUUUAUCCAAGAUACCUUAACACAAGUUGGUAUUUCCAUUUGUGAAAUGGUAAAGUGUGGGAAAAAAGGAUCAAGAAGAAGAAUGAUUCCUGCAACAAGUGCAAGAAAUUAUGCCACAUCCGAAACCUUGUGUUUUAUUUGCACAAAAUGACCAAACCAAAAAGAAAAAAAUGAAUCAAUUCAACAUUUCUUUUUAGAAAUGAAAUAUAAAAAAAGUUUAUAAUAAUUUUUGUAAAUUAUGAAUUUUAUGUUAAUAGAAAAUAAAUUUUGGAUGGCACUUUUUUGUAUUAUAUAGAUAGCUUAAGAGAAAAUUAGUUGAAAAGGAGGUUCCCAAAAUUUAUUAAAAGUUGUACAUUCAUAAUGCUAUUUUGAAACCACAAUUGUUGCUAUUCAGAAAAAUUUUUUAAAUUUGCUUCUGACAUGUAAAUUUGAACUUUAAAGCACGGUUAUCAGAGCGAAAGCUCUAAUGGUUUUAGAAAAAUUAUUCGUUACCAAAAUUAUUUUGAACUUACUGCUGCUAGAUUCCUCCUUCGGCAAUUUAGUCAAAAUAUAGUUCAGAUACUUUUUUAAAUCUGGUUUCUGCCAGUUAAAACAUCAGACAUUUUUAAUACUAUGAAUUGACAAUGGUUUUCAUAUUUGUAGAUAUAAAUAACAAAAUGUGCCCUUCUAAGAAAACAAAACAAAAAAAAUUGCCAAGUUAUAAGCCUAAGAUAUGAAAUGAUUAAAUGGUAUUCAGAAUAAACAUUGUUUUGUAAAUGAAUGUAAAAUAUGAUUGAUGUGUAUUUUACACAUUUAACUUGUUGAAUAUGUUAUUUCUUGGAGACAUAAAUUAUUUUAAAGAUUUGUGUUUUUGGUGCCUGAAGACCUGUUUGCAUUUGAGUGAUUUAUUUUUUCCCCCAUUUAUUUAGAACCCAAAGUUUUUUGACUAAGGAUGGCACAGUUAUGUAAAUAAAGAAUAGCAUUAUUGUCAAAUAAAUAAAUGUACAAUAAAAGAGGUUACAAUUUA